CUGCAGCGAGCACUAAUGGCAGCCAUCUCUUUUGUUUCCUUUCCCUGUUCUCUGCUGCGUCUGCCGCUGUGCCGCUGUACCUCUGCUCCUGUCUUUCCCUGUCUGAAUGUCUCUCCUCCUCUGCCUUCUGCUCCCGUGUCCCUGCAGACCACCGCCCGGCGGCCCAAGCCCACCCGGACCCCCACCUCCGCCCCCUCCGGCGGCACCACGGGGCCCUCGGGGUCGGCCUCGGCCUCGGGUGGGGAGAUGAGCAGCAGUGAGCCCAGCACGCCCGCCCAGACACCGCUGGUGGCCCCCGUCAUCCCAUCCCCCUCACUGACCUCACCGGUGGCACCCACGGUCCCCUCACCCACCAAGAGCUGCCCAGCAGCGGGGCACAGUGUGCAGGAGGACCAGGAGGAAGAAAAUCUGCGUUCCCAAGUCAGGGACCUGGAGGAAAAGUUGGAGACUCUGAAGAUCAAGCGCAAUGAAGACAAAGCCAAGCUUAAAGAGCUGGAGAAGUACAAGAUCCAGCUGGAGCAGGUGCAGGAGUGGAAGAGCAAGAUGCAGGAGCAGCAGGCAGACCUGCAGAAACGGCUAAAGGAGGCCAAGAAGGAAGCCAAAGAUGCUCUGGAGGCCAAGGAGCGCUACAUGGAGGAGAUGGCCGACACCGCCGACGCCAUUGAGAUGGCGACCCUGGACAAGGAGAUGGCAGAGGAGCGGGCAGAGUCCCUGCAGCAGGAGGUGGACUCCCUGAAGGAGAAGGUGGAAUAUCUCACCAUGGACCUGGAGAUCCUGAAGCACGAGAUCGAAGAGAAAGGCUCGGAUGGGGCAGCAUCCAGUUACCAGGUCAAGCAGCUGGAGGAGCAAAACGCGAGGCUGAAGGAAGCUCUUGUGAGGAUGAGGGACCUCUCUGCGUCGGAGAAGCAGGAACACGUGAAACUCCAGAAGCAAAUGGAGAAAAACACGGAGCUGGAAUCGCUGCGGCAGCAGAGGGAGAAACUGCAGGAGGAGGUGAAGCAGGCGGAGAAAACGGUCGAUGAGCUGAAGGAGCAGGUGGACGCUGCUUUGGGCGCUGAAGAGAUGGUGGAGACUCUGACAGAGAGAAACCUGGACCUGGAGGAGAAAGUCCGGGAGCUGCGUGAGACCGUUGGGGACCUGGAAGCCAUGAACGAGAUGAACGAUGAGCUGCAGGAAAACGCCCGUGAGACGGAGCUGGAGCUGCGGGAGCAGCUGGACAUGGCGACGGCGCGGGUGCGCGAGGCGGAGAAACGCGUGGAGGCCGCCCAGGAGACCGUGGCUGAUUACCAGCAGACCAUCAAGAAGUACCGGGAGCUGACGGCGCACCUGCAGGUACUGCUGCCAGCCCUGAGCACCGCGGCCAUGGGGCUGAGCCUGGGGGUGUCCACAAAGGGCCCUGAGCUGGGGCUGCACGCUGCUCUGCUGCAGCGCUGCGUCCAGGUCUGGAGCCUUCAGUGCAGGAGGGACAGGAGCUGUUGGGAGGGUGCAGAGGAGUCACAGUGCUGUGAGGUGGCAGAUCUGCCUCCAGCACCGCGCUCUGCCUCAGAGGCUGCGGUGUUCUGCUCCGGGGCUCCUUCCACAGAGCUCCCAUUUCGUGCCCUGCUGUCCUGCAGUCGUGUUGACUUCUGCCCGGCUCUUGUGCUCCCCGGGGUGCUUGGAGGUCGGCCCGCAGCAGCGCGGCCCCGCACUGCUGCUAUCCCAGGUGAGCUGACCGUGCCUGCGUUCCCCCCCAGAGCCCUGAACAAAUGCAGCGUGGAGGUGUACAAGAAGGUGGGGAUGCUGUACCCCGAGAUGAGUGUGCACGAGCGCUCCCUGGACUUCCUGAUCGAGCUGCUGCACAAGGACCAGCUGGAUGAGACGGUCAACGUGGAGCCUCUGACCAAAGCCAUCAAGUACUACCAGCACCUGUACAGCAUCCACCUGGCCGAGCAGGCUGAGGACUGCACCAUGCAGCUGGCCGACCACAUCAAGUUCACCCAGAGUGCCUUGGACUGCAUGGGGGUGGAGGUGUGCAGGCUGCGCGCCUUCCUGCAGGCCGGGCAGGAGGCGUCCGACCUGGCCAUCCUGCUCAAGGACCUGGAGACCUCAUGCAGUGACAUCAGGCAGUUCUGCAAGAAGAUCCGGCGCCGCAUGCCGGGCACGGACGCACCGGGCAUCCCAGCAGCGCUGGGCUUCGGGCAGCAGGUGUCAGACACGCUGCUGGACUGCCGUAAGCACCUCACCUGGGUGGUGGCCGUGCUGCAGGAGGUGGCCGCUGCCGGCGCGCAGCUCAUCGCCCCGCUGGCUGAGAACGAGGGGCUGCAGGCAGUGAAGCUGGAGGACUUGGCCUUCAAAGCCAGCGAGCAGAUCUACGGCACUCAGGGCAUCAACCCCUACGAGUGCCUGCGCCAGUCCUGCAGCAUCCUUAUUGCCACCAUGAACAAGAUGGCCACGGCCAUGCAGGAGGGAGAAUACGAUGCCGACCGGCCGCAGAGCAAGCCCACCCCGCCUGCUGAGCUGCGGGCAGCCGCUCUUCGGGCUGAGAUCACCGAUGCCGAGGGGCUGGGGCUGAAGCUGGAGGACAGGGAGACCGUCAUCAAGGAGCUGAAGAAGUCCCUCAAGAUCAAGGGUGAGGAGCUCAGCGAAGCCAACGUGCGCCUCAGCCUCCUGGAGAAGAAGUUGGACAGCGCGUCCAAGGAUGCCGACGACCGCGUGGAAAAGAUACAGACAAAGCUGGAUGAGACCCAAACACUGCUCAAGAAGAAGGAGAAGGAGUUUGAGGAGACCAUGGAUGCCCUCCAGGCAGACAUCGACCAGCUGGAAUCGGAGAAGGUGGAGCUGAAGCAGCGCCUGAACAACCAGUCCAAGCGGACCAUCGAGGGGCUGCGCGGGGCCCCGGCCUCCGGGGUCGCCUCCAUCGUGUCGGGCAUUGCAGGAGAGGAACAGCAGAGAGGCGUGGGAGCCGGGCAGGCAGCCGGGGGCAGCACGGGGCCGGUGCAGGUGAAGGAUUCCCCCCUCCUGCUGCAGCAAAUCGAAGCACUGCAGCUCUCCAUCAGGCACCUCAAGAACGAGAACAACCGCCUCAAGGGCGCACAGAUGAAGCUGGAGCUGGCCGGCCUGAAGCCCCUGCAGGUGGCCAAGGUGUCCCUCCCGCAGAGCAAGCAGGGGGAGGGCCCGGCCACGCUCACGCUGUACCGCAAGAGCACGCAGCUGCUGGAGACACUGUACCAGAUGAGCACCAACGCCAAGGUGGUGGACACCAAGCAGACCAAGUCAGGUGAGCCCGGCGGGGACGCGGUGAGGCCGAGCCCGAGGGCCGUGAACGCCGUCGGUGCCAUCCUCGUGCCGGGGGCAGCGCCGGCACCGUGCGGAGCC